UGCAGCUGUGCAGGGUCUUGAGACUACAUCUGGAGGGUACUGUGUACAGUUUUGAUCUCCUUAUUUGAAAAAAGAUAUACUUAACAUACGAAACAAUUCACAUGUUUUGCCAGACCUGCUGAGUUUCUCCUGCAAUUUCUAUUUUUGUUCAUAUUAGAUCACCAGAAUCCGCAGUUCUUUGUUUUGUUAUAUAAACCAGUUAUUUUAAAAAUUUAUUCCAAUUGUUAGUCACUUUACAUAAUGAACAGAUCAUGUGGGAUUGAAUUCAAUUUGACAUCAAAGGAUGUGACAUGCUCAUAAUAUCUUCAAUUAAGCUGCACCAUUCAGCGAAUCAGAAAUCUGUAUUCAAAUAAGCUGCAAUUCAAUAUGUAAUAAGGGAACAUCACAAAGAUCUGAUGACUGUGGUUUACCUCAUAAUCCAUCUAUUGUGUGGUACAGGGCUUUUUAGUCAGUGUGGGUUAGUGUUUAUGUGGUACCAUUCGUCAAAUUAUCUCCACUUUUUUUCAAUCUAAAUGGCUGGAUUGGUGACUGAUUUCUAUGAUUCCAAGUGUACCACUAAUCCCAAUCAAUGCAAGGCCACAGAUUCGACAACCUGGUCUCGAAUUCGUAUGGAAAAUAUCCCAAAUGACUUCACGAACUCCAUCUGCAACGCUUCACCACCGUCCUCUGAUGCAUGUUUGUCUGACAAACUGUAUUCUGAGUUUGUUAACUAUUUCCCAGGAAUGGCCUUGCUGAUUGCCUGCUUGGUAAUCCUAGUUUCCAUCACCCUCUUUAUUCUCAAGAGAAACAGUAUUCACUCUCUAUUGAAGAAAAUGUGGGAGAAGUACGCAUGCAUUUUGAAAAUAGGAUCCACCUCCACCAAAAAGUACAUGAAAAGCGAGAAAAAAAGGAAGGAAAUCAAACGUUUCCGUAGAGGGCUUGCCAUCCAAGAGAAGAUCAUGAGGAAACUUCAGCAGAUGGAGAUGAAGAUCCGAGAUAUGGAAGACAUGAUUAUGAAAUUUGCAAAGAAAAUGACACGUCGAGUGGCUGGCUCAGAAUGUACCAGCCGUUCAUCAAGCUGUGUCUGUUCACGAUGCCACACACCUAGCGUCUUCAGCACUGAAGUGGACUCUCAUCGUACGACCUGACACAAGCACCAGUAAAAUGAUACUGACAAAUAAAUCACCUUUUUUAAAAAAAAAAUCAUCCUGCUAUAUCAAGAUGUGAUACAAUGAAGCAUUGAGCAACCUACAAUGUAUUGUAUUAUCAGAGUAAAAAGCUUCAUAUUUGAAUGAGUGAAA